CUACUCGCUAGCUGCACUUGACCCACAAGUAUGUGAAGGCUAUACGGGGAAUCUUUGUCUUUGCGUGUCCGCCGGUGCAAUCGUUAAAGUGCUCCGUGCUCUUGAGAGAUGAAAUUUGGGUCCUAUUCCCGGCAACGGUUAACAUCAAUGGGUGUGGUGCGUGUGUGUGAUAUGUAACAUGUUUCUGGAUCUCCCCUAGGUUGACUCAGACUAAAAGUAAACACCGGGUGCGGUGUGUAAACCAUCAGCACCUGGUGAACCAUGGGCGGCCGGGCGUGGUGCUGACCCCCCCUCCCUUUUGUGCUGUGCCAGCCUUAAUAAGUUUAAGGAUUAAUUGGUUGAACCAGGUGAUCAUUAUUUCCAUAGUUUUUCUGCUAUACAUUUCCACGUGACGAUGGGUAAGCCACUUCGUUGAGCUAUUAUCUGUGGCCAGGUCGCUUCUGACAAGGAAGCUAAUAGCUUGGUUGGACUUUACCUGGUAAGAUAAAAAAAAAGUUUAGUUGUAUUGGAAUAUUUGUUUAACUUUUCCUAUACUUUGCACUCGUAUCGUAGGGUGUUUAUUUCCCCAUUGUUUCUUGUUGUAACGUUCUGACAACUCACGACUCGGAUAACUCAAGGCGCCAGGGCAGCCAAGCUCAACAUCACUAACCCCAACAGCCUAUAUCUAUAUAUCGGCUAAACGGGGGUGGGAAAAAAAAAAACCUUUUUGCUUGAAGCAUAGUUAAACUUAGCUCCGUCCUCGGUAUAAUAACCAUGGCUUAGGCGCACACAUUGCUCUCGGUAAUUUUAGCACUACGCGUUCCGACCGAGGGAUAUUUGCAGCCGGGCAGAUUAUUUUUAACGUUGGAAGCGCUUUCCACCACCGUCACUUGCACGGCUGUAGCGGCAUCUGCCCUCACUCUCGCUGUGUUUGCUGCUCGCUGCUCAUUUAUUCGAAGGCUGAGUCGACCUACAGCGUGGAGGUUCCCAUUCAGGACCCGGUUGGGGGUCGUGGUGGUGCGGGUGGGAGGCGGAAUUCGUGCAGUGUCUUGUUUGGGACUUUCCGCCGAUGGACGAUGAGCGCGAUGGCUGUGCGACGAGUGAAUUCCUACAGAGACGGCGGUGGCGGUGGUGGUGGUGCCUCGCCGACAUGCACACGAAGCCGUUCCGCGGGCAGUGUUACGCCAAACUCCGGCGGGAAUGCCUCUCGGCGGGACGGCCCUUCGAAGACCCGCUCUUCCCGGCGUCCGACUCGUCCCUGUACCACACCAAGCCGCCUCCCGCGCACGUGGAGUGGAGGAGACCCACGGAGCUCUGCACUUUCCCGCGCAUGGUGAUCGGAGGCAUCAGCGCUCACGACCUGAACCAAGGCACGCUGGGAAACUGCUGGUUUGUGGCCGCCUGCUCCUGCCUGGCCACUAGGCCGUCCGUCUGGAGCAAGGUGAUCCCAGACCCCUUUAGCCAGUGCUGGGGCAGCGGAGGGCCCAGUCCGCACCCGGGGAUCUUCCACUUCUGCUUCUGGCGCUUCGGCGAGUGGCUGGACGUGGUGGUUGACGACCGGCUGCCCACCUCCGACGGCACGCUGCUCUACUGCAGCUCGAGCGAGCCUUCCGAGUUCUGGAGCGCCCUGCUGGAGAAGGCCUACGCCAAGCUGUGCGGCUCGUACGAGGCCCUGGACGGGGGCAGCACCGCGGCAGCGCUGGUGGACCUCUCGGGCGGAGUGUCGGAGCCCCUCGACCUCACCGACACCGCCCUCGCCCACGACGCCGUCCGCAAGUUCCACCUCUUCAGCCGCCUGCUCAAGGCGCACUCGCGCGGGGGCCUCAUCAGCUGCUCCAUCCGCGCCACCGCGGAGGAGAUGAAUCGCCGCCUGGCGAGCGGCUUGGUGCAGGGCCACUCGUACUCCGUGACGUCAGUGCGCAAGGUGCUGCUGGCGCCGCGGGACGGCGACGUCAGCCGCAAGCAGUUCCUGCUGCGCUUGCGCAACCCCUGGGGCCACCGCGAGUGGAGCGGGCCGUGGAGCGACACGUCGGAGGAGUGGAACAUGGUCAGCGGGAGCGAGCGCCAACGGAUGGGAAUCACGGUGCGGAACGACGGGGAGUUCUGGAUGUCUCUGACCGACUGGUGUAAGAACUUUACGGACGCGGUGGUGUGCCGCCUGGUGAACACGGCGCUGCUGAGCGUGCGCAAGACGUGGGAGGAGGUGCGCUCGUUCGGAGAGUGGGUGCCGUCGCCCGAUCCCCGGCGCAAUCGUGCUGGGGGCUGCAGCAACUACGACACCUACCUGCAGAACCCGCAGUACAUGUUCCAAGUCCAGAAGAACAAGGACGAGAUCCUCAUCUCCUUGCAGCAGCAGGACCGGGACCCCAGUCAAGCCUCGAGUAGGCCCAGAAAAGUCUCCAUCGGGUUCCUCAUCUACAAGGUGGAGGAGAACCGAAGGUACCGCCUGCACAGGGCCCCCGAGCGCGUCGCCGUCUCCAAGUACAUCAACGCGCUCAAUGUCUUCCUGCGGCUGGAGCUUGCGUGCGGCCGCUACGUCCUCAUCCCCUCCACGUACCGCCCCGGCAUCCCCAGGCGCUUCCUGCUGAGGCUCUACUCCGACGUGCCGUCGCAUUUCCGGGAGCUGACCAAGGACAGCCCGCUCGAGUCGUGCUGGGUCGUGUUCCAUCGACCCCCGGUGAGGGUGGUCACCGUUCACCUUCGCGCUGCCAAGGUCCCCGGCAAGACAGGCAUCAGCCCGUAUGGAGUGAUCAUCUGCGAGGACAUGCGGGUGCAGACCGACGUCUUCAAGGGCACGCAGGAGGCCGCCUUCAACACGAGGGCCAUCUUCUACCAGCGCAGGCCAGACAAGCCCAUUGUCAUUCAGGUGUGGUCAAGUCACUGGCUAAAGGACGAGCUCCUUGGCGAGGUGGGGCUGCCGGACCUGAACCAGGCCGAAGACGAGCACACGCUGCAGCUGGAGACGCGGGAGGGCGGCGGUGGUGGCGGCACCGUCAUGGUGCACGUGCGGUGCAGCGACGACAUCACGGCGCUCUGAGCCCAGACCCACGAACACCCUCCCACCUCAACUCCCCACCUCAACUCCUCACCUCCCCACCUUCCCGCACCGCCAAUCCCCGAGAGACCUUCCCGCCCGAAGUUGCUCGUGAGCAAGGAGCACGGAUAAGAGGGAGUCGCGCAGCAAUUGGAUCUGUGGGUAAUUGGGAUGGCGUGGACAUUGAGGCCGUUGUACCGUCACUUGUGACGGGCGAGGCGUCCAUUGGCCAAGCUUGGCCUAUUGCGCCCCCUAAUGGCCACUUUCGGAAAAGGCAGUCUGCAAGUAAGGCUGUGUCAGUGUUGAGACUGUGUGUCAGUGUUGAGACUGUGUCAGUGUUAAGGCUGUGUCAGUGUUGAGA